AUGGACUUAUUGAGAGGAUAUCCCAAUACUAACUCUGAAAGUGAUCACUGUGUGGGUAAACAUAAAAUACCAUUCGAUGCAAAGACUGUAAAUUUUCAGAAGGAAAAAUUUGAUUCCCUUGGCUAUCUGAACAUCGAUUCUCAACCACAAAAUAUUAGCUUGGAAAACAAUGGGCAUACCGUAAUUGUCCAUUUACAUUAUGACACUGAUGAAAUUCCAACAAUUAGCGGUGGUGCUUUAAAGAAUUUGGGUCAAUUCAGGUUGAAUUUUAUUUAUUGGCAUUUUUUGGAUAAAUCAGAUCCCAAAAACGGCUAUGGGAACAUAACAUUGCCUGCAGAAAUACAUUUGGCUUUUUACAAUAUCAAAUAUUCGACAUUUUUGGAAGCAGCAGCGGAAAAGAAUGGUGUCGCCGUUAUAGCUUACAAUAUUCAGGUGGCACCAUUCCCUAAAACAAUAUUUGAUGAAUUCACACAACAUUUGUCUUCAAUAAGGCAAACAGGUGCUGUUGUCUAUCUACCUGAAGGAUCGGGAUUUUCGUUAAGUUCUUUUCUUUAUAAGGAUUUGAGAUAUUACAGCGUCUAUCAUGGAACCAGACUUGGUGUUGCCUGUAUAAGGGAUAUUAUUUGGAUUGAUUUCCCUUUUGUUAUUGGCGUUAAACCAGACUUUGCUCAGGAAUUUCAACAUUUCUUAGCAGCGGAUUUUACAACACUAAUAAAGCCGAUUGACGAUGCUAAGACUACGCAAGCGAUGGUCAUUGCGGUAGUACCAAUGACGGAAGAUGAAGAGUUUAGUAGCAGCAUUCCGAUAAUUGAUACAAUUGGAGGCUACAGUGAUUCGGCCUUACCAGCGGCCUCUUCGGACUGCUUUGCCACUAAACGUGAGCAGUGCAGUGGUUGA